UCCCCACUCUCCCUAAUGCUGGCACUUUUCUCUCCCCCAGCUGACAGGUUCACCAAGAUGACGUUUUUCGACAGGGCUGAUAACUACCUUAACAGUCUAAUUGAUAACAUUCGGGCUGAUCUCGGCGUCAGCACAGCGGCGGAGAGAGAGAGGGAGAGGGAGGAUGCAAGGGUGAUAGACGAGUUUCACGAAGCUAAUGCUGUCGCAGGCCCCGCUAAGGUAUUGGAGGUGGACUUCAAAGCCAAACAGAACGCGGUGGACCACAAAUGUGACAAGUAUGAGGUGGUGCACCAGAGGAAGCCCACGGUGGUGCUGCGCAGGGGCGGGAACUUCACCAUUGACAUCAAGCUGAACAAGGUGACUGACGUGAAGAAGGAAUAUGAGCUGAAACUGUACUUCAACUUCGGUAACACCCCCAGCGUGCACAAGGGGACCCAGGGCGUGGUCACCAUGAUGGGGAAGACAAUGUUUGACAAGAGCCACGAAGAAUGGGACGCCAGAAUGGUUGAAAAUAAAGGAAGAAUAUUGACUUUGGAGGUGCAGAUCCCCAGCAUUGCUCCGGUGGGCUCCUGGAACAUGGCCACGGAGCUCAAGCCGAGAGACCCCGCUGCGGACAGAUCGGCAAGACAAUUAAUGAGGCAGGACACGACUAUCUAUAUUCUGUUCAACCCUUGGAAUAAACAUGACGGUACGUACAUGCCGGACGAGAACGGCAGGAACGAGUACGUGCUGAAUCCAGUGGGCAAGAUCUGGCAGGGGGCCUACCCGGCGCGUGGGAGGCACUGGUCCUUCGGUCAGUUCGAUGAUGUGGUGCUGCCGGGCUGUGUGCUGCUGCUGGAGCGCUCUGGCCUGAGACACGAGGCGCGAGGGGACCCCAUCUUUGUGUCGCGCGCCAUAUCCAAGAUGGUCAACAGUAACGACGGGGACAACGGGGUGCUGAUUGGGAGCUGGAGCGGGGACUAUUCUGACGGCACCUCCCCGAGUCAGUGGGCAGGGUCAAUUAAAAUCAUGGAGGAAUAUGUGAGGCGAGGACGACCCGUGAAGUAUGGCCAGUGCUGGGUGUUCGCUGGGGUUACUACUACAGUGUGUCGCGCCCUGGGCCUCCCGUGUCGGCCAGUGACCAACCUCAACUCUGCCCACGAUACAGACGUGUCCCUCACCAUCGACGAGUACGUGGACAAAAAGGGAGAGAAGAUCACCACGCGGCGCCGCUCGGGUGCUGACCCCAUGGGGCUCGGCGACUCCAUUUGGAACUUCCACGUGUGGAAUGACGUGUGGAUGGACCGCCCCGACCUGCCGCCUGGCUACGGGGGCUGGCAGGCCAUCGACGCCACGCCGCAGGAGACCAGCGACGGCAUGUUCCAGUGCGGGCCGGCGAGUCACGAGGCGGUGCGCAGGGGCCAGAUGGAACUCAAAUAUGACGUGCCCUUUGUGCUGGCGGAGGUGAAUGCUGACGUGGUGCACUGGCAGGAGGACGAAACAGCGCAGGACGGGUUCAGGAAGCUCUUCUCCAACAAGAACCACGUGGGUCGCCAGCUGCUCACGAAGAAAGUCGGUACAAUGGAAAGCGGAAACUACGCAGACGACGAUAAGGAGGACUGCACCGAUCUGUACAAGCCGCCAGAGGGCACCAAGGCUGAGAGGGUCACGCUGCAGAUGGCGGCACGGCGCUCCCGCAACGCCCGCCACGCCUUCCGCUUCCCGUCCCUGGCUGAGGAGGACGUCAACUUCUCGAUCGAGGAUAUUGAUCGCAUUAUGAUUGGCCAGGAUUUCUCUGUGACCGUCAAGGCUGAGAACAUCGGCGAGGUCAACAGAACGGUACAGAUUGUCCUGAAGGCGGGCAGCACGUACUACACGGGCGCCCCUGCCAAGCCAAUCACAGAAGCCGGCGGGGAGUUUGUUCUGAAGCCCAAGGAGUCCAAGACCCUGUCGCUGCCCGUGCCCUACAGCCAGUACUACAGCAAGCUGGUGGAGCACGCCAUGGUGAAGAUGGUUGCCCACUGCAGGGUGGAGGAAACGUCCUACGCCUGGAUGGGAGAUGACUGCUUUGAGAUAACCAAACCUGCCAUACUGGUGAAGGCGCUGGACAAGGCAGCGGUGGGGCGCCCCUUGAAGAUUGAGUUUUCCUUCCUGAACCCCCUGCCGGAGAAGAUGACGGAGUGUGUGCUGGAGGUGGACGGGCCUGGCCUCUCCCGCCCUAAGACCAUCCCCAUCAGUGACGUGCCAGCCAACGGUGAGAUGAAGUGGCCAUACACGCUGGUGCCGCGCAAAGCUGGGGAGUUUGUGCUUAUCGCCACCUUCAACUCCACCCAGCUCGUCAACCUGUCCGGCUCCUCUUCCAUUACUGUGGCAGAGGCUUAGCUGUGCCCCUUGUUCUGACACGCUGCUGUCUCCCACAACACGACUGGUUUCAAAGGCCACUGAGACGGUUAGCCGGGUUCUCAAGAGUGUUUCUGCUGUUCACUAAGUACAAGUCUUUUUUAUCUGUCACUGGAAAAGU